CCUCAACAAAAUACUCCCACCGCUUCUUCAUUAAUCAAGUUAUUCAACAAAAUACUCCCACCUCCAGUUUGAAGAAUACAUUAGUUCUUCCCCAUCAUAUGGAAGUGUUUCACUUGAUUCAAUAGUCUAAUUUGAGUUUUAUUUAGGAGAUCGAUUACGAGUUUUCCAGCUGCGAAAGCGCAAAAUAUUGAUUGCAGGUAUUUUAAUUGAUAAAUCUUGCAUUUUUCUACAAGCCUACUUGAAUCUCCACUUGAAGGCAAAAAAUCUGUUGCAUGAAUGUGCCAUUAACAUAUAGUCGGUUGCUAGUAUUGUUUAUAGAAUUAGGCGUAACCAGUAAGUUUUAUUUUCUGAUGUUUUCAUUCUUCAGGGGGUAAGAAUAGGUAAUAAUAUAGUUGUGUCAAACUGGAGACAUUUUAGUGAAUACGGUUUAGCUUCUUGAGCUUAAAACUGUAAAAUUUAUAUUAUAUAGUUAAAAAGAAUUAAUUGAAUUUUGGUGAACAUUUCUUUGAGUCAUUCCCAAUGCUUUACGUUCUUCAUUUUUAGUUCUAUCUGGUUCUAAAGGUGAAUGAGAUCUUUGAUUUCUGUAUGGUUUUCAUACCAUACAGAAAUCUUUCCUUUAUGUAUAGUACAUUUCUCUCCAGAAAUCUUUUGAUUUUAAGUUCAAAAGUUUAUGCCAUUUUCCAAGAAUCACACACUUUUGGUAAACUGAGACUGCUGCAUUGGUGUUGUGGAAAGCUGAUGUGAUAUUCUACAGUGUCUAAGCUGAUGUUACAUUUGAGUAUAGGGUCUGCCUCAAUCUAAGGUGAUGGGAAUUUGAUUUUUCUGUGCGAUUUGAAGUUCUUUUGAUGCUAGGGUGCUGUAAAGGUGAUAGCGAAAGAUCUUAUAAGGACGAGGCAUCAGAUUGAAAAAUUUUGUACAAGCUUAAAUCCCAACUUCAAGGUGUCUCGCUCAGAAUUCAUGUACUUAUGAAAUUUGUACUUUUUAUUGGUUAGUUCUGCAAAAUUGCUGUUGUUCAUGAGAAUAAGCACCUUGUUAUAUGUGGAUUGUUUGUACAAAAGCUUACUACUUUAUAAAACUGUAUUCCUUGAUUUCAAUCCUGAACAGUCCCUUCAGUAACUUCUGCAAUUUUGACAACUAGUUUUUGACUCUACUUCAAGGAAAUUGUUGUAAUAUAUUGGUGUUAAGUAAAUAGUUGUCUACUCACUCUAUAUUUUUUUUGAUUGAGUUGGUAUAUACAUACAUGGAAGUUGAUAUGACAUCUGUUUGGUAGGGUGAAGGUUUUAGGAAACACAACUACUGCAAAAAUUCUGUAGCAGAAAAUUUGUUGUACAAGUUAAUUUUUUUAAUAAUAUUUACGUAGUUUAUAUGGUAUUCUGUCAUUAUUAAUCAUAGAAACUGGCAUUACUCUUAGUUGCUAAACAAAUGUAUUUGUUGAAACAACGCCAAAAAAAAUAAAAGAAAUGUUUAAAGCAAGCAAUUAAAAACAAAGAGAUAUUUUUCAUGUUUUUUGUUUUGUCAAUUACUCCUCAACUAAAGCAGGAAGCGAAAUAACUAGUUCGACAUGAACCUUAAAAGUCAGGACUCAUGUUUAGAAAGAUCAAGUGUUAUGACUUGGCUAUGAAUUCAGAGAGAAGAGUUUAAGUUUUACAUUGUCAUAUUUCCACAAUUUGACAGUGUAAAUAUUUAGAUUAUAUACACAGACAAUAUGUACAAUCUGUUAUUAUGGGAUACACACAUAAACUACACUGAUGAAAGGUUUAGAAAUAUUAUCAUAGCCUUCUAUUCCUGUUUAGCACAUUCUGAUGGAAGGGUUAAGCCAUAUCGACAAUUCAAUAGCAAAUGUGACUCCAAAAUUGGGUGUAACUUGACUGUGACUAUGCAAAUGCAUUCUUUGUUAUAGGAUUUUCAAGUUUGGUAGUGUUUAUGAUUAUAGAUGGCUUUUGUUGUAUGUAUUUAUUGCUUCAUAGUUAAUAUUCUCUAUUCUAAUAAUAGAGAACUGAUAUUUUCUCUUUAUAUUUUGUAAGGUUCAUCAGCUGCACUUGAAAUUUAAUACUUUUCUAUGGAUAAAUCUUGGAUUAGAAAGCCAAGGAACACGAUGGAAUAUUUAUUUGGUUUAAAUCAGUUUUUAGAUUUUGCAUUUGCUAAUGCUGUUGUUGGAGAUAGAAUAAAGUGUCCUUGUCCUAAAUAUGGAUUUGCAAAGUGGCGGACUAAAAUUUAUGACCAUUGAGGAAGUUUCACGAGGAUAUGUUUAUCGCUCUAUUGCAAAGAAGUGGGCUGCAAGUAGUCAGAAGUUGUGGUAUGAGUUUAAAGACCCAUUAAAAACCAAAGAUGAGAUUAUGGAUAGUGUUCCGGUGGGUAUUACUCGGGAUCAAUGGAUUUCCUUUGUGAACUACCGUUAUAAAAAAGAAACUCAGCCAAGUGAUGCAGCUAGUGGACCCAUUUCACCGACGGAUGCAAGAAGAUCUCGUGGCGCUAGUAAUCCCAGUGACCAUUGAGAUUCAUUUUAAUUAAAGUGAAUGUAUUAAGACAAUGUAAUAGCUUACUAAUAUAGACGGUUAACUAUGUUCUAAUUUA